AUAAGAUCGCUUGUUUCUUUGCAAUGAUGAACUACUCACUUGCCUAAAGAAAGCACAUAGCAGUAAGUGGAAGAAGAAUAAGAAGAAGAAGAAGAAAAGAGUAACGAGCAAACGUUUAUAAUUCCCGUUUGGGAAUUUUCCCCUUUCUCUUGGUUGUCUCCUAUGAGUUGUUAUGAUACGUAUGAGCUGUUCAAAAUCCUCCAUUUUUUUUUCUCUGCCUGGUUUCGCUAAUUUCGAAGUCCUAGCUUAGCCUCUGUUCUUCCUCCUUGCUUAUUUCACACGUUAUUAUUGUUGUUCAGUCUUAACCAACGACCUCCAGCUCCUUCUAUCUCUAUAAAUACACGUAUAACCCUUUUCUGCACCAAGAAGCGAAGAAGCUUGACUGUUGUGAAUUAAGUGGUUGGGUGUUAUUAAUAUGGGGGAAGAAAGAAUGAUAGUUGUGAGAGAGUUUGAUCCGAGCAGAGAUCGAUGGGGUGUUGAGGAAGUGGAGAGAAGAUGUGAGGUUGGUCCCAGUGGGAAGCUCUCUCUCUUCACCGACCUCUUGGGUGACCCAAUUUGCAGGGUCCGCCACUCCCCUGCUUUCCUUAUGCUGGUGGCUGAGUUGGGUGGGAAGAUAGUGGGUAUGAUAAGAGGCUGCAUCAAAGCCGUUACAUGUGGCAAAAAGCUCUCAAGACAAGUCAAAAACGCUAGCACCAUCAACAAGAACCCUCCUAAGCCGCUCCCUGUUUACACCAAACUUGCUUACAUCUUAGGCCUUCGUGUCUCUCCUUCCCAUCGGAGAAUGGGAAUAGGCUUAAAACUGGUGCGCACUAUGGAGGAGUGGUUUCGCGAAAACGGCGCUGAAUAUUCCUACUUGGCAACUGAAAACGACAACCACGCUUCCGUUAAGCUGUUCACCGACAAAUGCGGUUACUCCAAGUUCCGUACGCCUUCUAUCCUUGUCAACCCGGUCUUUGCUCACAGAGUUUCCAUUUCCAACAGAGUCACCAUCUUUCAACUCAACCCUCACGAUGCUGAAUUGCUCUAUCGCCGCCGUUUGUCCACCACCGAGUUUUUCCCCCGCGACAUUGACUCGGUGCUCAAUAACAAACUCAGCUUGGGCACCUUCUUGGCUGUGCCGCGUGGUACUUACGAAUCAGAUUCCUGGCCCGGUUUCGAUAAGUUGCUAUCCGACCCGCCUGAGUCUUGGGCCGUGUUAAGCGUGUGGAACUGUAAGGACGUGUUUAGACUGGAAGUCCGUGGAGUGUCGCGCGUGAAGCGCACGCUUGCUACAACGACGAGAAUGGUUGACAAGGCGUUGCCGUUUCUGAGGUUGCCAUCGGUGCCCGAGGUGUUCAGGCCAUUUGGGUUGCAUUUUUUGUACGGUCUUGGAGGCGAAGGUCCACUUGCAGUGAAGAUGGUAAAGGCGCUGUGUGCUUACGCGCAUAACUUGGCGAAGGAGCGUGGGUGCGGGGUGGUGGCCACGGAGGUGUCGAGUCGCGAACCGCUUAAGUUAGGAAUUCCACACUGGAAAAUGCUAUCGUGCCCUGAGGAUUUGUGGUGCAUCAAGAGACUUGGGGAAGACUACAGUGACGGGUCCGUCGGUGACUGGACUAAAUCACCACCUGGCGUGUCCAUUUUUGUUGACCCUAGAGAGUUCUAAACUUGUAAUGGUCAUGUCAAAGAAGAAAAUCGGAAAGGCUAAAUUAGUAGAGCAACAAGAAAAGGUCCAAAAAAAAAAAAACCACCUUUAUUUUUAUUUUUUUUAAAUCUUUAUUUUUGGGUUUUUAGGGCUUUCGGUAGGGUAUUGAUGUGGAGGAUUUUGGGGGAUAAAAAAAGAGGGAAUGAGAAGAUAUGAGUUUUUGUUGUACAAGGGAAUAUCCCCACUUUUGCUUGCUUUUCAACUUUUUUGUAAAUGGAUGUGGCUUUUUAGA